AUGGCCAUGCAGCGCUCAUCAAUGCCGUCUCCAUGUCCAACUCCGAGACGUUCGGUGCUUAACACGAAACGAAACAGUCAUCAGGGUAUUGCCAUGUCAUUGGAAAAGCGUCCUCCUCGUGAAUUACUUAGCCGAAUCGGUAUAAGUGGGAAAGAUGUGGUGAGGACUAUCAAAGAAUUAAAUUGGGAUAUUGAGGAACCUCAUGGUCUCCAGCUGGAGAACGUAUACCACUUACCGGGCAGUAAAGAAAAAGGAGAAGAGGCCAAGCAGAAUGAAGAUUAUUUUGUCGGCGAGGGAGAGCUGUACGCAUAUAUUUUAAAACAAGGUGGAGCUCGGUAUCUGCUACUGGAUGAGCCGGAGUCGUCUGAUUUAGAGCCGACACAGCAGUCAAAACCAUCAAAAUCAUCAAAAUCAUCAAAGUCGCUAGAAGAUAUCAAGAGUAAAAAGAAUUCCAUGGCUAUAAAGGAGAACAAUACUAAGCGACAUACAAUAGAUGAAACCAAUGGAGUCUCAUCAGCUACGAUUACAGAGGAGAAGCGUAAGUGGAAGCGACGCAAGAAGCUUUCGACGGCCAGGAGCGAUUUGGUCAAGAAAACACAGCCAUUCGACGAUCAAAUUAGGUCGCGUGAGAAAAGCAGUAGUGUUAAUGUUAGCAUGGCUGAUGAUCACGAAUCAAUUCGGAUCGAAUCCCGUUUGAAGCUUAAGCAUGGUAACAUAAGUCAACAAGCGGAAUUUAACGAUUAUGAAGCAUCGUGGAAGGCAAAAGGAUGGCGCGCACAAUUGCUACAAGAUAUCGACGUGCAUUUGCUGCGAUCGGUGGCGGCAGUGGAUCGUAGACAUAGAGCUUUGGAGAUUUUAAAGGAGGGGCAAAAAAGUCAUGGUCGCCCCAUAGGAGGGAAUGGACCUCAUGUUCAAGAUGCGAUGGAGAUUUCAAUAGAAGUCGAUGGCCUUUUGCACAGUAUCCGUGCAUCGCAAGACGAUAUUUCUUCCAUGAUUGAGGCAAUUAUUGCACAGGCAGAGCGUCUGACACAUCCUGACCGAAUUGACCCUAUAGGCCGCAUUGGUAUCCCUGGUUUCAUCUCUACAGGUUCCAGCGCUCUGAUGCUGAUUCGUGAUGUUGAGCGGUAUCUGCUUCUUGUCGUUGCUGCAAUUCGUCGCUAUCAACGAGUACGAAAGACUUACGAUGCUAAGGGAUGCGUAGAUGGACUCCCUAAAUCAGCUAAUUCCGCUUCAAGGCGAGAAAAGUUGCGAGCUCUUCAAUCAAGCAUUGAAGAGUCAAAGGAGGAACUUCAGGAAUUGACAGUCAUAAUUGCUGAUGAUCUACGCCAAUUCAUGUCCGAGUACCAGCAUCUUCAUCAAGAACACAAGUCUAAUUACGGGGCGUUAUUGCCGAUAAAACGCACGUUGCAUCAGCUCCACCCACAGCAAAACACGCAUUCCGUAAAUUUUGAGGCUGAAAGUGGAAAUUUAUUUUCGACUACCAAAAUUAUCAGCGUCAGUCACGGCUCUCGUAGUUGUGACCGUCUCAGCCGAUACUUGGAUCACAGCUCGUUUGGAAUUGGUCUAGACACCUUCCUUGCCUUGGUCUCCAUUGUUUUUGCAAGUUCUUACGUUGCAUUCACGUACGUCUCUCCAAAUGGGAUGCCUUAUAGUCUUUGGAUAACAGAUAUCGUGUGUGCAGGUUUAUUUGCAGCCGAUUUUCUGUUUCGAGGCAUUUAUCUCUCCAGUCAUCGUCGAGACUACAUGUUAUCAUUCUCAGGAAUUGUUACCCUUGCUGUCGUGCUGCCUGUGCUCCCUACGUCGUUCUUCCUUCGAAACCAUACUCUCUGGUGUGGCAUUUCCAACUGGCGCUUCGUGUACCCAGUACGGUUUGCUAUGUGCUACAUCAAAGCCAAAGCAGUUUUAAGUCGCUGCCACGGACUCCUAUCUCCUGUCCAACAGUUUGUAAUUUUAUGCUAUCUUCAAUUAAUGAUCAUCAUUGCCGUCGCAGCGGGUGUCAUACAAGUCGCUGAGACUGCAAAUUCCAAGUACGCGGGCGGAAAUCUCGGUGAAUGGACCUUUUUCAAUUCAUUUUUCAACUCAGUGCUUGCCUUUGUGACGAUCCAGUCACCUCCUGCCGAAAAUCCACUGGCCAAAGUUUGUGUCGGUGCGCUCGUUUUGGUCCUCAUCUUGAUUGUCCCAUACCAAGUGUCUCAAAUUCUUGCGCUUGGAAGCUCCUUUUCUCCAUACGAGCUCGCAACGCACUCUCCAUCCUCGACCAGUAAACAUAUCAUCCUUUGUGGUGACCUCACUCCAUCACGUAUUGACCAUUUCUUUCACGAAGUCUUUCAUGACGACCAUGAUCUUGUCGACAUUAACGUUGUGGUGCUCAGUGAGGAAGAACCAGCAACGUCACUGAUUGCUUUGCUCAUGGAUCCUUUCUUCGAAAAACGAGCUAGCUUUAUUCAGGGAUCGCUAUUGGAUGUCGAUGAUUCCCAACGAGCAGCUUGUGCUUCCGCAAACGCCAUCUUUAUCCUUGCACGGCGUGUAGCAGGAGAAUCUCCUGCCAGUAGUGAUCACCGUGCGUUGAUGCGAGUUCUUGCAGCGCGACGGGAAGCACCAAACGCCCGUGUCUUUGUCCAGCUCCACUUGUCAGUCAACCGAAGUCUUGUUGCUGACUUGGGUGUAUCAAGUGUUUUAUGCUUCUCAGAAGUUAUGCAUUCCUUACUCGGCCAAAACUGUGUCUGCCCGGGUUUCUCGACCUUCAUCUACAGUCUCACAUCAACAUCUAGCUAUGUCACUAGUGGAGACUACGAUGAACCACCAGAGGCAGAUGCUUCAUGGGAAGAUCGUUAUCUGCACGGCUCAAGUCACGAAGUAUAUUCUGUCGAAUUACCGCCAGCGUCAGUCGUCUUUGGCAAAACAUUUUCUGAGGUUGCAUCCCUUGCUUACGCGCAAUGCUCGGGUGUGAUAGUUUUUGCAAUAACUACCGCUCGAUCAUCUUCAGAAGGCAGCAGUGACAGAUUACUGCUAAACCCCGGCGAUUCCUACACGUGCGCUGGAGCAGAAACAGUCUUCGUCAUUGCUCGAGAUCGACGUGAGGCGAAUGCAGUGACUGAGAUGCAGGCCACUUUAACUAUGCCUGAAGCUUGGAUGUCACAGCGUCAGAAACCAAGUUCUAGGCACUUCUCGCGUGAAGACUCUGCUAAAUCAAAACUUCCGAUAACCAUCAAAAGCAGCACCAAUGAUGACACAUUUGGCAACUCGAACAGUGAUGACAUGUUCACGCUUCACCGACGACGGUCACGAUUAAUUAAUUGGCAAUCGAAAGCAGUGAGCCCCGCGUCGAUCGAUAGCCACGAGAAUCUUACGACCUGGUCUCCUGAAGAGAACGAUGAUAAUCUUCUCACUGUCAAGACUAGUGAUCUUUCUCCCACUCACGAACGUGGCAACUCGAGAGAAGCGGUAAUUCAAGACGUAACUUCACUCAACCUUAAAAUUGGUCACAUUGUAGUCUGUGUACUCUCGCCGUUGACGUUUCCUCAUCAUCUUGAAUACUUUAUUGGUCCACUGCGCGUACGCGCUCUGCGACUACAUCGCCCAGUCGUCUUUGUAACGACGACCUUGCCAGAAGCAGAUGAAUAUGAACUAUUCCAGCGGUUUUCAAACGUACACUUUAUCAUCGGCGAUCCAUUUUGCCAUAGCACCUUACGACGAGCUGAUGUUCACCGCGCGUUUCGUAUUGUUCUCAUGGGUGCUGAAGGUGACAUAUCGGAUUCUGGCACAUCCGAGCUGCUUCAAGAUGCGGCGUGCAUUGCUCUACAUAAGACUAUCAUGACUUUGAUAGGGCCCAAACGAGCGCCUCGCAUCAUCACAGAGCUCGUUAACCGCGCAAAUGUACAUUUUGUAGCUCAGAACCUCACCGUGAGUGGCUGGUUUCCACUUGCAGAGUGCGAUUCGGCUGCUAUUUCGACUUCUUCACUCGAAUUGGCGCGUAAUUUUGCCGUAUCUCCCGCUUUUGCAGCUGGACUCACGUACAGUACAUCGCUUUGCGAUAGUUUGCUUAUCAAUCAGUUCUUCAACGCUCGCAUCAAGAAUAUUUUGCGCGAGUUCAUUUUUGCUUCCUGGACCGAUGGUGGCGUUGGUACCCUUCCCAGUUCACCGGCGACAACUGGCGGCUUCGAAGACGCUACUGCGUCUCCAGCGUUGUCACCGUCAUCAAACUCAAGCGUACAACGCAGCUCGCUAUUUGCUGUGGAGGUGCCAUUGGACUUUGUCGGUCGAACAUUUGAGUUUGUGUUUCACUACUUGUUGUCUUCAGACGGUAUACUCGUUAUUGGAAUUUAUCGUUGCCGUCCUGAUGUCAUGCUUCAGUCGUCUUCAGUGCAGCUGCUGAAAGACGGCCAAUGGACGAAAUCAGGUCCAAGAACUCGCAUUGAAGUUCCUGAAAGUGAACGAAGUGUGCCUUUUGGCUACGUUUACGUGAAUCCACAGCCACACGAGGUACUUACUGGUAAUGAUCUACUUUACGUUCUGUCAGAUAUCCAGCCUUGCUGGGCAGACACAGCCAACGAGUGUCCACAAUAA